AUGGAUCAACUGUAUGAAACAGGAGGGAUUCUUGCCACUUUCGAUGGGAAAAUGAUGAUCAUGGCAGGAUCAACGGUGGGUGGUGGCUCUGCUGUUAACUGGUCAGCAUGCAUUAAAACGCCACUGUCUGUGCUCCGGGAAUGGGCCGAGGAAUACAAGAUCCCACUCUUCGCAGGCCCUGAGUAUCCUUCUGCAAUGGAAACAGUAUGCAAAAGGAUAGGAAUUACAGAGAAUUGUGAAAAGGAGAGCUUCCAGAAUCAAGUUCUUCGUAAAGGGUGUGAAAAACUAGGUCUUCGGGCUGAUUCGGUGCCGAGAAACUCAUCACAGAAUCAUUAUUGUGGUUCUUGCUCUUAUGGCUGUAGAACAGGAGAAAAAAAAGGGACUGACUCAACUUGGCUGGUUGAUGCUGUGGCUUCUGGUGCAGUGAUCAUAACAGGAAGCAAAGCUCAGAGAUUUAUAUUGGAAAAGAACAGGCCUCAAGGUACAAGAGGAAAGAAAUGCUCGGGCGUAAUUGCAAAAUUUCUAGACAAAAACAUCACAAAGAGACUGCAUAUAGAAGCCAAAGUUACAAUCUCAGCAUGUGGAUCUCUCCUUACACCGCCUCUAAUGAUCUCGAGUGGGUUGAAAAAUCCUAACAUUGGCCGGAAUCUUCAUCUUCACCCGGUUUUGAUGGCUUGGGGAUACUUUCCAGAGUCCAAUUCAGAACUCAAGGGGAACACCUAUGAAGGAGGGAUUAUCACAUCGGUUCAUAAAGUGGGGUCGGACAAGUCCAAUCCAACGGCCAUUAUAGAAGUUCCGGCAUUGGGGCCUGGAUCAUUUUCUGCACUAUGUCCUUGGGUGUCUGGACUGGACUUCAAGAAGAGGAUAUUGAAGUAUGCUAGAACUGCUCAUUUGUUUUCAAUGAUAAGGGACAGAGGGCUGGGGGAAGUGAGGAAAGAGGGAAGAAUUAGCUAUAAAUUCACUGCACUAGACAGAGAAAAUAUGAAGACAGGGUUACGACAAGCAUUGAGGAUCUUGAUCGCAGCAGGAGCUGUUGAGGUGGGAACUCAUCAGAGUGAUGGCCAGAGAAUCAUCUGUAAAGGGACUAGUGAGGAGGAAAUGGAGGAGUUUCUGGAUACAGUCACUGCACCCGAAGGGGCAAUGUCAUUGGUAGAGAAAUGGACAACAUAUAGCUCUGCCCAUCAAAUGGGGAGUUGUAGGAUGGGAAUCACUGAAAAGGAUGGUGCAGUAGAUGAGAAUGGGCAGAGUUGGGAAGCAGAAGGGUUAUUUGUAUGUGAUGCUAGUGUUCUGCCAAGUGCGGUUGGCGUCAAUCCUAUGAUCACCAUCCAGUCUACUGCUUAUUGCCUCUCAAAGAAGAUAGUCCAGUCGUUGUAA